AGACUACAGUACAAAAAGAUGCAGCUCCUCCUGAAAAUGAGAAUAGCAACAGACAAAAAAUAUUAAAUCAUACAUUUCUGCAAUCUCUGUUUCCUUUCUGGAAUAUGGAUGCAACUGUAGAAGAAACGGAAAAAAUACUACAGCAAAUACGUGAUGUGAGGGAAAAGAGUUAUAAUUAUGAAAUGAGAAGUGAGCUGAAGAGACUGAAGACAUUUGGUGCUAUAGAACCACUUUCCACUUAUGCACCUGAAGAAAUGGCUGAAGCUGGGUUCUACAGCACAGGUUUAGAUAACAGCUAUCAGUGUUUUUGUUGUGGGGUGAUCCUAAACACGACAAGUUUGUCAGUUCCACCAUUUGCUAAACAUAAAGAAGCUCAGCCUGAUUGUCAUUUUGUUCAAGGGAAAGAUGCUGGCAAUAUCUUCAAGUAUGACGUACGAGUUCAAUUACCAGAAAUAAUUGUUUCUGAAAAUCUCAAUAAGUAUAAACAUGAGGAGGUGAGAGUGGAAUCCUUUCAGAAGUGGCCCUUAUAUGCCAAGACAGAUCCUAUUCUACUUGCUGCUGCUGGGUUCUUCUUUACAGGAAAUAAAGAUAAAGUCCAGUGUUUCAGCUGCAAUGGAAGUUUAGCCAACUGGGAAGUAGAUGAUGACCCAUGGAAAGAACACGCCAAGUGGUUUCCAGAAUGUGAGUAUCUUCAAAGCAAGAAGUCAGAGCAAGAGAUAAAACAAUACAUAAAAACCUAUAAUGGAUUCACUGGAGUCACGGGAAAGCACUAUGUGUCAGGUUUUAUACUGGAGCAAGAUAUAAAGGAAAUAUUGUCUACAUUUUCUGAUACAGAGAAUGGGAGGUUAAGCCAGAGCCUAUAUGAGGAUGAGAAGAUCCGAUUGGAGUCCUUUAAAACAUGGCCACAAGAGGCAAAUGCAGAACCAAGUGCCCUAGCUGCUGCAGGGUUCUACUACACAGGUAUCAGUGACAGAGUGCAGUGCAUUGGCUGUGCUGGAAUACUGGGCCAAUGGGAGGUGAAUGAUGUCCCAAUGGAAGAACAUUUAAAGCACUUUCCUACUUGCAGGUUCACCUCUACCAGAGGACCAUAUGAAAGUUUCUUUGAAAGACCAAGUAGUAGUGCCCUGUCACCAAAAGAAAAGGAAAAUGAUCAGGGAAAUAACAGUAUAAAAAUGGAAAAUGAGUUACCCCGUUUUACUGGUUUUGAUGUUCUGAGGUUUCAUUCAUAUAGUCUCAGCCAUAUGUGGUUUGAUGUUCCGGCAGUUUGA